GAAAUUUUAAAAAAAGAGUUCACAAGAUUUGCUCUUUAAAUAACCGCAUUUAAAUAAUGGGUGUAGUGGCGAUUAUGACGCAAAUUGAUUACCUAAGAGUAAAGCUUUAGAAGUUGAUGUGGAAGAGCGACGAUUACAAAAAUCCAAUUGACGCUGACGAUUGAAGUGACGAUAAAGCGGAAAAUCGAAUGAGAAAGAAACAUUUAACUAGUGGUAAUUGAUAGAAUUGCAACUUAGAUCACUCAUCUUAUCAUAUUUUCGGGUUUUUAGGGCACAAUUCUUUGCAGAUUGAUUCCUAGCGAGGCAGAAAAUUUCUUGUUAUGGUAUAUAAUAAUGCUUUGUUCUUCAUUAAGGAGCCGAUUACGGUCUUGGCUUCGUGAUUACGAUAAUAUUCAAUCGGUUGCCGUCAUUCUUCUUUACAUCCAGAUUGGAUGCUCUUUGGUUGGAUCUCUUGGAGCAUUGUAUACUGGUGUGCCUCUUAUUAAUCUGGCUAUAGCCUUAUUUGCUCUUGUGGCUAUUGAAAGCGGUAGUCAAAGCCUUGGCCGAACCUAUGCUUUCUUGCUCUUCUUUGCUAUUCUUAUCGACAUUAUCUGGUUUCUGUUUUUCUCAUAUGACAUAUGGCACAUGUCAUCAGAAGACAAUGGGACAUUUUUUUUGUUUUCCUUAAAACUUACUCUGUUAAUGCAAAUUCUUGGGAUUUCCGUUAGAAUACUGUCCUCAUUUUUGUGGAUUCAGAUGUAUAGACUAGGGAUUUCACAUGUAGAAAGUUCAGUUUCUCGAGAAGCAGAUUUUGAUUUAAGAAACAGUUUUCUGAGUCCUGUCACCCCUGCAGUAGCUAGACAAUCCUCAGAUUCAGAAGAUCAAUUAGGUGGUUCUAUAUAUGAUCCAGCAUAUUAUUCCUCCCUAUUUGAAGUUACCCCUGAUGAUAAAUACUCAAAAAAGGGGAAAAACAAUGCAGAUGGUGAUCCAUCAUCUCAGGAAGAAAGCUGUGUAUUGAAGCUGUCUGUGGGGACUGAUCUUCAGGCUAUAAUGGACAAGAAUGAACGCGCACAUAUAGAGAAGCAAACAUAGAUCCCACAUAUCUGGAUUCAGGAAGAUUUUAUACCGAGCUUUAUAGGAGUGGCAUCCAUGUAAUUAGCCGGAAAAAAAGAGAUGUCAAAAGAAACAGAGGGUAAUAUGUGGAAGGAGGGUAAUAUUGCAUUUAUUUUUUCUACUCCUACUAAAAUUUUGUGGAAGGAGAGAUUUGUUGUUGAAUCUACUUGUUGUGAAUUAAUAUGAAACAAAAUGGAUUUACUGAUAGUCUGAAUGAAUGUAAAAUUCCAUCCUAGCUGAAUAAUA